UUGAUAGGAUGGAUGAGCUUAGAGGAGGUUGGAUGAACCGCUGAAAGUUACCCUAGGGCACUGUACCCUACAUUUUUAUUUGGUUGCUGAGUACUUGGUAGGUAGAAAUCAAAAUAAAAAACCCUCCCCAACAGUGAAAAGUGGCAGGUAGCUAAGCUGAAAUAAAGAUAAAUUUGGCUUUUCUACUACUGAUGGCAGGCAGCACACCAAGCUACUGAUACCAUUGGAUCUAUUGAGAUUCUCUGCAGAAGAAAUGGCUUGUUCAUUUGGCGAGGAACAAUGGCUCAUAUCCUCUGGAGGACAAAGGAAAUAUGGCACCACCUCAAGUCACACCACCAGGCGUGAGAGGCUCAUUCAGUAUGACGUGCAGGAGAAUGACACUCUGCAGGGCAUCGCACUGAAAUUCAACGUGACGAUGGAACAGCUGAAGCGCGCAAACAAACUGUGGACCAACGACAGCCUGCACGUGCGCCGCACGCUGCUGGUGCCGCUGCCGCUGGAGCCGAGCGGGGGCACGACGGCGGCGGUCUGCUCCUCCGACAGUGACGAGGCGGGUAGCAGCAGCGGCGGCAGUGGCGGUGGUACGGCCGGCGAGCCGCGCCGACCGGGCCGCGGCCAGCUGCCCUCGGCCGACGACUUCCUCCGACAGGUGGACAGCGUGAUAGCCAGCAGUCGGCGCAGCGUCUCCCGACUGAGGGUCGACUGAGGUGUCAGGAAGUUCAUCCGUCAAGUCUGUGUGUGGACGGUCUUGGGCGCCUACUUUUUGAGGAAAUCAACAAGGCGACGGAUCUCGCAGGCCCACGGACAGAGUAUGAGAUUAGGCGCGAUCUACGUGCUGACGACUCACCAUAUGAGGCAAUAUUUUAUAUAUGUACAGAUUCCUGAUGUAUGCUGUGGCAGCAUGUCCGUAAAGGAGCCUGGAGUUUAAGCAGCUGUUUUAUUUUUGUAAAUCGGGAUUUGCUCUUUGAAUAGCCGUGCCUUUAUGUGUUUGGCGUGUACAAUGUGGAGGUUCUUAUCACGUUUGGUUUUGCAGCUUGUUUAAUUUCGAUUCAUCUUUAUGAUUUCUUCACUGAGCUUACGUCUUUAAAAGUUUGCGAUGUUGUAGAAGGAAGCAACGUUUGAUGUUGGGCACUUUGCGCGUCCCUGAGCUUUGCAAUUUGCGCAGCCUUUUUUGUUUUGUGUGAAGUAGCGUCUGCAGCCACGAUAUUAUCCAUUGCUUUUGUCUGCACUUGCGCUGUAUCCACGGGUAGAAUUAAGUGUUUCUGCGAGCCAAGGUCAGUGCGCUGUCCGCUAUAUUGUCUUCAUUUCAACAUUUGCUGAAGAAAAAGAAACCGGGAAGUGGGAACUAUUCUGGGCGGGUGGAGACACCACUUUUGAAGGGUAUUCGUGCAUGUGCCUCAUUUAACCAAGACGAUGUGUGUCUUCUAGCGGGUAGCGGCGGAGCUCCAUUGUACUUUAGGGAGUUUGGUUGCACCUAUCUGCGGAGUGCCAGGGAAUAUCAGUUACCAUGUAUAUUGUGACCGCUGAUACUAUGUAUGUAUGUAUGUGUUACGGAAUGCCUGGCUUCAGCUUGAUUCAUUUCAAAAUGCGCAAUUUGCCCACUUUGAAGUCCACCUUUCGUUUAGUCCGAUGCAGCGACAUUUUGUUCCAACCCUUCGUCAAUUCCUUAUGAUCGUCCUGAUAGUCGGGCUGCGAUCGUCCCGCUAGUCGGGCUGCCGAACUUCCAUAUCUCUGAGGUAUAAAGUGGUGGAUAUCGUGCGAUUGUCGCGACCCAGUGUUAUAGCGAAGUGUCUCAGAUGUGUGGCUGUUUAACCAGGCUGUUUCACACCGGUGUUCCUGUGUGGGUGGAAGGUCGGGGCGGGGCGGCCCUCCGUAAUAACACUGCCCACUCAGCCCAGUCGUAAGCCCGUGGCGAGCUGUCCACUGAUGCAUUCCGCCAUGGUGACGAUGCUCGCACUCUUUCACACCGAUGCCAAGUGUCCGAUAAAAAUAAAUGAUGUCUUAAUAAA